CUGCUGCUGCUGCUGGGCUCCACUGCCCACGCCCUGCCCUCCUGCAGCCACUUCCCCCAGCUCCUGCCCGCCAGGCUCAAGGAGAUCAGGGUCAAGUUUGAGGAAAUCAAGGAUUAUUUUCAAUCAAAAGACGACGACCUCAGCACUCAACUGCUCAGCUCUGACCUGCUGGAGGAAUUCAAGGGGAGCCUGGGCUGCCAGUCGGUGUCGGAGCUGAUGGAGUUCUACAUGGAGGAGGUGCUGCCCAGCGCCAUGAGCAGCAGCUCCCAGCACCAGCACAGCGUGGGCGACCUGGGCAACCUGCUGCUGAGCCUGAGAGCCGUGAUGAGGCGCUGUCACAGAUCCUUCACCUGCGAGGAGAGGAGCACGAGCAUGAAGCACAUCAAGGAGAACUUCAGCAAGAUGAGCAGGAACGGAAUCUACAAGGCCAUGGGAGAGUUUGACAUCUUCAUCAACUACAUUGAAAAAUACUUAACAAUGAGGAGAGGGAACUGAGAGCACCCCUGGGUCUGCAUUUCCCACACCAACUCCUGCUACUUG